AUGAGUCUCACUCUGCCCAAGCAGUGCCUUUGCCUGGCUUUCCUGCUCCUCCAUCUCCUGGCACAGGUCGCCGCGACUCAACGCUGCCCCGACCCGUGCCCAGCUCGGUGCCCCAAGACGCCGCCGACCUGCGCCCCCGGGGUGAGAGCGGUGCUGGACGACUGCUCGUGCUGCCUGGUGUGUGCCCGCCAGCGAGGCGACAGCUGCUCCGAGAGGGAGCCCUGCGAGGAGAGCCGCGGCCUCUUCUGCGACCGCAGAGCGGACCCCAGCGCCCAGACGGGAAUCUGCAUGGCCAUAGAGGGAGAUAACUGUGUGUUCGACGGGGUCAUUUACCAAAGCGGAGAGACCUUUCAGCCCAGCUGCAAAUACCAGUGCACCUGCCAAGAUGGGCAGAUUGGCUGUGUGCCUCGCUGUGACGAGGACCUGCUACUACCCCAACCUGACUGCCCGGUUCCGAGAAAAGUUGAAGUGCCCGGGGAGUGCUGCGAAAAGUGGAUCUGUGACGCAAACGACACAGAGGCCUUAGGGGACCUGCAUGCCCUUCCAGCCUACAGGACAGAAACCACCCUGGGGGUUGCAGUCUCCGACUCAAGCAUCAACUGCAUUGAACAGACCACAGAGUGGAGCGCGUGUUCCAAGAGCUGUGGCAUGGGCUUGUCCACCCAGGUCACCAACAGGAAUCCGCAGUGCGAGAUGGUGAAGCGGACUCGGCUCUGCAUGGUGCGGCCCUGCGAACAGGAGCACAGGCAACCGACAGACAAGAAAGGAAAAAAGUGUCUCCGCACCACGAAGUCCCUCAAAGCCAUCCACCUGCAGUUCAAGAACUGCACGAGCCUGCACACCUACAAGCCCAGGUACUGUGGGGUCUGCAGCGACGGCCGGUGCUGCACCCCCCACAACACCAAAACCAUCCAGGUGGAGUUCCAGUGCUCCCCCGGGCAGAUCAUCAAGAAACCAGUGAUGGUCAUCGGGACCUGCACCUGUCACAACAACUGUCCUCACAGCGAGGCUUUCCUCCAAGAGUUAAAGCCUAACACCAGCAGGGGGAAGAUGUAACGUGGGUCCCUGGAGAAGCUCACCUACAGCAGCAAACUGUAGCUACUGCGUGACCCAUCAUCCAAAGCAUAUAAGGAAAAUGACGAGAAUUAUGAUUUCACCCCUGAGUCGUAUGUAUUUUCUGUGGUCAUAUGAGGUCAGUUAUAGCUGUCUUUUUUUUUUUUUU